ACUAGGACAUUCAGUGGAAAGCCACAGGCAGCACACUGAAAGCAAAACCUCCUAUCCUAUGGUUGGCCGGCGCCUCCGGUAAUCUGUAAAAAUUUUGGAAUCUACCCGUAACCUCGAAAGCCCCCAAUGGUGAUUCCAUAUAAAUAGAUAGAAGUAUCAUCCUGGUAAUCACUGUUAGCUAGAGAGCUGAAAAAGAUUUCAUUUGCUUGGUAGCCGGAGAGAGUAUAGAAACAGAAAUGAUUCUGGUGGCCAUAGUGGCGGAGCUGAUGGAGGAAUACACGGCGCUGUUGACCAGAGUGCUGGAGCAUUUAGUCCAUGACGCUCCGUUUCCGAGGCGGAUCCGUUUUCUCAUCCUCCGUAGCCUUCCUUUCGCCUCACCCACUCCGCGUCUGCUUCAAGCCCGCGCCUGAUCCUUUUUUCCUCUUUCCCUCUUUCUUUUGUGGAUUUAGGGUACAUAUGCGGACUUCAAUCUCUGUAGAUUCUUCCGAAACUCGUCUUCUUCUUCUGAAUCUUUUUGAUUAGUCAGUGAAUUCUGAUGUAUGACAACUGAAUAAGUAAAUUUUGAAUUAUAUAAAGUGCAUAAUCAAUUUUCAGCUGUUUG